GUGUAACCAUGAAGUGAGAGAGCUGACGAGCCCCGUUCACUGCAGAAACAUGUUCAGAUCAGAGCUCAGACCAGUUUCAUUUAUCAGAAAGUGAAACUCAGACAGUCGUUGACACUUGGAGGAGAAAUGGCGCAGAAAAGCGUUCAGAUGGACCCAGAGACUUUCUCUUGUUCCAUCUGUUUGGAUCCACUGAAGGAUCCGGUGACUAUUCCCUGUGGACACAGCUACUGCAGGAACUGUAUUCAAAGCUACUGGGACAAAGAGGAUGAGAAGAAAACCCACAGCUGCCCUCAGUGCAGGCAGAGCUUCACACCGAGGCCUGUCCUGGUGAAAAACACCAUGUUAGCAGAUUUAGUGGAGGAGCUGAAGAAGACUGGACUCCAAGCUGCUGCUGCUGAUCUCUGCUAUGCUGGAGCUGAAGAUGUGGCCUGUGAUGUCUGCACUGGGAGGAAACUGAGAGCUGUCAAGUCCUGUCAGGUCUGUUUGGCCUCUUACUGUGAGAAACACCUCCAGCCUCAUUAUGAAGCAGCUUUUUUAAAGAAACACAAGCUGGUGGAGCCGUCAGAGAAGCUCCAGGAGAACAUCUGCUCUCGUCACGAUGAGGUGAUGAAGAUGUUCUGCCGUACUGAUCAGCAGUGUAUCUGUUAUCUCUGCUCUGUGGACGAACAUAAAGGCCACGACACAGUGUCAGCUGCAGCAGAGAGGACUGAGAGGCAGAGAGAGCUGGAGGGGAGUCGACACAACAUCCAGCAGAGAAUCCAGGACAGAGAGGAAGAUGUGAAGCUGCUUCAGCAGGAGGUGGAGGCCAUCAAUGGCUCUGCUGAUAAAGCAGUGGAGCACAGUGAGAAGAUCUUCACCCAGCUGAUCCGUCUCAUGGAGAAAAGACGCUCUGAUGUGAAGCAGCAGGUCAGAUCCCAGCAGGAAACUGAAGUGAGUCGAGUCAAAGAGCUUCAGGAGAAGCUGGAGCAGGAGAUCACUGAGCUGAAGAGGAAAGACGCUGAGCUGAAGAAGCUCUCACACACAGAGGAUCACAACCAGUUUCUACACAACUACCCCUCACUGUCAGCACUCAGUGAGUCUACACACUCAUCCAGCAUCAACAUCCGUCCUCUCAAGUACUUUGAGGAUGUGACAGCAGCUGUGUCAGAGCUCAGAGACAAACUACAGGACGUCCUGAGAGACACAUGGACCAACAUCUCACCGACAGUGACUCAAGUGGACGUUUUACUGUCACAAACAGAGAACAAGAUCAGAGCUGGAUUCUUAAGAUAUUCACGUGAAAUCACACUGGAUCCAAACACAGCAAACACAAAGAUUAUAUUAUCAGAGGGGAACAGAAAAGCAACAUCAGUGAGACAACCACAAGGUUAUCCCAGUCACCCUGACAGAUUCACUGUUUGGUGUCAGGUCCUGAGCAGAGAGAGUCUGACUGGACGUUGUUACUGGGAGGUGGAGUGGAGAGACAGAGGAAUUGGCAUCGCAGUUGCAUACAAGAAUAUCAGGAGAACUGGGAGCUCUGAUGAAUGUAGAUUUGGAAUUAAUGACAAAUCUUGGGCAUUAAGAUGCAACAAAAACAGUUAUGAGGUUUGGUACAAUGAUGUUCAAACUCCCGUCUCAGGUCCUGAGUCCUCCAGAGUUGGAGUGUACCUGGAUCACAGUGCAGGUAUUCUGUCCUUCUACAGUGUCUCUGACACCAUGACUCUCCUCCACAGAGUCCAGACCACAUUCACUCAGCCGCUCUAUGCUGGAGUUGGGUUUUCAAGUUAUGAAACCACUGCUGAGUUCUGUAAUCUCAAACAGACUGAAGACAUUUGAGGACAUUUUCUCACUGCAGAGAUCAUCUAUCUAUCUAUCUAUCUAUCUAUCUAUCUAUCUAUCUAUCUAUCUAUCUAUCUAUCUAUCUAUCUAUCUAUGAUUACAUUUAUCUUCCUUUGCUUGGCAUACCAAAUGAGGUAGUAAAAUGUCUUAUAAAGCUGUAAUCAUCAUGACUGUAUUCAUUAAAGAGAGGACUGAUUAUCUUCUUGUACAUCGCUGAGAUUCUGGAUAAACAAACUGAUUGUGUGGAUGAAGUGAAUCUGUUCAUGAAAUCACUGAACGAGUGUCAUUAAUCAGACUUCACUGAUGAACAAACUGAAGCUCUACGUCAUAAAUAAAGAUUUUUGU